AUGGACAGCGCAGAGGCGCCUCCGACGGCAUUGCCCACCGAAAAGCCCAUCCUAGGCCCUAAACUCUCGCCGGCGCACCAAAAGGACGCCUACUUUACGGGCUACCUCGCCAACGCCCUCUCCUCGCUCCACCGCUCCGUCCUCGGCGCCCGCUCCGCGCACACCUGGGCCCACGAGUCCAGGCUCGCCUCCUCCCUCCUUUAUCUUUCCCUCACGACCCUCCUCGGCAACCGAACCCUUGGCGAAGAGUACACCGACGUCGUCCAGAUCCACGCCCCGUCGUCCACCCUGCCCGCCGUCUCCCGGAGGGCUGCCUACAUUCUCGCGUCCGUUCUGGCGCCCUAUGCCGCUGCCAAGGUUCUACCGAGGCACGCCCAUAUACGCCAUCUCCUGGCCGUAUUUUACUUCUCGGGGACCUACUACGAGCUCUCCAAACGCCUGCUCGGUUUCAGGUACAUCUUUACUCACAAGGUACCCGAUACACCGGACCGCGCCGGUUAUGAGGUCCUAGGAGCCCUUUUAGUCGUUCAGCUCGCCACACAGACAUAUCUCCACAUCCGAGAUGUCUUGUCCAGCCCCGCGGCGGCAGUAGCCGAUCACCACCACAGCCGUGGUCGUCUUUCCGAUGCAUACUCAACCGAGCUGGAUGUGUCUCUCAGUGACAAUGCCUACGCCUCCAACAACCAGCUUCUCAACGGUGCAGGCGCGGCGAGUGGCAAUCCCGCCAAGCUCAACGUCGAGAGAUCGACGCAUACUCCUAUCCUUCCCAGCGCUCGGUACGAUCUAUCCAAUGAUUCGGUCAUGGGAUUCAUCAAAGGAGCUCAACAACGCAAGUGUACCUUGUGUCUCGAAGAACUUAAAGACCCCUCUGCAACACAAUGGAAACCAUGGUACAACACAUCCUACCAUUGCGAGUUGUUUAAGAAGCGCGAGCUUCGCAUAUGCUUCACCACUUGA